AUGUUGGGGAUAUCUGGCCGGUCCCGGCGGAGGCGCGCUCGCCGGAUUAGGCCGCCGGUGGGGUUGCACAGCUCCCGGCUCACCUUGGAGAGUAAUUAUAAUGAUCGGCGCCGGAACCCUAGUCUGGGACGGGAGUCUUCCUGGAGAGGCGUGCCGGGCGAGCGGGUGGCGCAGCCGAGGUACGCCUACGCGACGCGUCCCGUCCCCCGCGCCUCUCCGCCGCACCCGUGCUCGUGCCAUACCUCCCCGCCGACGGCCCCUCACCCCCACGCACCGUAA